AUGGAUACUGAGGAUGGCCAGUUCUUUAUCAAGAACUUGGCUCACUUUGUUCGAACUCACGAGAAGGCUCUUGCGAACGCUCUUCAGUUGCGACGCCAGCAGGCCCCUAAACAUGGCGCAUCACAAAGUGUAUCUGGCUCUGUUGGGGGAAUAGCAAGUCCCACGUCCCCAACCAGUACAAGUCCUCCCUCCUCUGCCUCUUCCGCGACGACAUCGAGCACACUCGCUGCAGCCCUCUCCCUCCCAUAUUUGACAUUUGCGUCCCAUAAUAUAAAGCCUGCCAAACUUGCCUUAACGCCCCAUCACCUCUUCUACCUGCUCUCCCGAUUCGAAGACCUCGGAAUAUCAGUAGGCCCAAUGAAUGUGCGAUUGGAAAACCUCCAUGCGGAUACAUCGGCAUCAAAUUAUGUCUCCUUCCUCAGUCAAGCACAACGACCGAAAGGUCGCGGUUCGGACCACGGAUCCAUACAUUCAGUAUCCAGUGUACGGAGCGUCAUGUCCGGCAUGUCCUCCUUAUGGUCGAAUUUCGGCCUGGGAUCUGGAGGUGCUGCCGCGCGAACAGAGAAACAGAAGGCCGCGAUCGAGGCAGAUCUGAAGUACCUGUACUCUGCAUUUACAAAGAUACCUUGCUUAAGACUGGCACCAGAUCGUCGAGCCCGGCUUAUCGAAGGAUACGAAGAGUUCCCUUUUGACACGGCUGUGCCACUAAUCGCCUUCAAGAACAUCAGUGCUCUAGAGAUAAGUGACAUUGACAUCCGGCAAUUCUUUGGAUGGGACCGAAUGGCCGAACAGCUGAGAUCCUUGACUGUCAAACGUGCUGGUGUGGACGACCCUGCCGACCUACUCAUUAAUAUAGUGCUCGACGAUAUGGACAAGAGACGGCGAAGAUCAUCCAAGGCUCAAAUGUCACCGACGUCCACUUGGGCAGCCGCAACAAGCCCGAGGAGAAGCCCAACGAUUCCGCACGCAGAAUUGGUCAAAUCGAAUUCCGCUCCAGGCUCUCCAGAAGAUCGAACACAUGUCGGAGAGGAAAGCGAUGAGCGAGGUGCUUCGCUCGUACGGUCAGGCUCAGAUGGCGCAAAGUCUCCGACAAAGUCUCGACCCAGGAGCAAUUCUCCUGUGCGACCCAACAGCUCGAGGACUGGCUCUGCACAUGGGCACUUGAAGGGCUCCCACAAAGUUAAAAGGUCCGGAUCUGGAAGUUCGCAUUCGAGCAUGUCGGAAGGCUGGCCCAACAUGCGAAGCAGCUCAUCGAAUCUGCUUUCGAUGGGGGUCCUGCCUUCAUCAAAAUGGAGAUUUCUCAAACAUCUCAGCCUAGCUGACAAUAGUCUAACAUCCAUAAGCGCUUCAAGUUUGGUACCACUGGCCAACACCCUGCACUCCCUCGACCUCUCCUCGAAUCUCUUCUCGCAGAUCCCCGACUGUCUCGCCUCUUUGACGGCUCUCCGAGCACUCAACCUUUCUAAUUGCAUGAUUGAUUCACUUCAUUCAUUGACAAGAAAUCCCCUGCCAGCGAUCACAGCUCUGAACCUUCGAUCUAACCGACUGAUAUCAAUCGCUGGCGUCGAGAGACUAUACCCCCUCGAGAGACUCGACUUGCGCGAUAACAGUAUGGGAGAUCCAACAGAGUUGGCAAGGCUUACCGGCAUCCCCGAUAUUCGUGAAAUUUGGGUUUCGGGGAACCCAUUUACGAAGACGCACGUUAAUUAUAGAGUGACAAUCUUCAACUUAUUCCGAAGUACUCCCGGAUACACCGAAGACAUUCUCAUCGACACCUACGCCCCUGGUUAUGGCGAGCGGCGGCAAUUGGUUGAACGUACACCAGAGAAAGCGAAUGUGCCAGUUGUCAAACCUCAACAAGACUAUGGACUCUCUCCAGUGGAGGUGAACAAGCCGAUCAUCGACUAUCCGACGAAUCGAGAGCCGUCGGCGCACCACAAGGAACGGCCGAUACCUGCAGCCGCGACUAGCGAAAUACACACAAGUGCUUCAGGCAGACGGAGACGGACACCCAAAAGGAGGAUAGUGGAUCUUUCAACCUCCGAAACGUCUCCUAGCAAGCCUAUUAAGCCAGACGUCAAAUUCCCUGCGGACGGAUCGAAGGUUGUAGCUACAGCAGGGUCAGACAGUGGUUAUGGUAUCAGCCCUGAUCCAUCGCCUCGCAUUGUGACUUCCUACGUAUCGGCAGGCCCUCGGCAAACUCAAAGUUCGUCAGAUGUUCCCCGGAUCGAUACAUCAGUAGUACCACGCCUACCACCUAUAGAGACAGUAAGCUACGAAACACCCCUUGUCAAAACGCAGAAUGCGCAAGAAGACUGGAAGAUGAGUGGCGAGCUAUACAGAAAGAAACUAGAGGCGCUCCGCAACGAAGUCGGCAACGGCUGGUUGAGCGUCCUGAGCGAAGAGAACUGGGACGGGCAGCGAAAUCCCCAGCAACCAUUUGGAAGUUCGGAGUAUAGUCCUCCGAGCACGAUACGGCCGAGUUCUACCACACCUCGAGCUACCAGCCAAACAAUAAACAGUGGGCGGACACUAGGGUGA